AUGGCAGAAGUGGUGGCGGAAUAUCUGUGUAAUGUCCUCGGACUGGUGGCGGAACUCCGCGAAAAGAUCCAGGCUACUCUACAGUCGACCUGCCACGCGCUCUUGGCCAUUCCAAUUCGAUCCUGGUGCAUCGAAUCACGGCAAUGCCACAAGACCUGCAUGCUGCGGAGCUGGUACCUGCAGACUGGAGAUCGCCAGUUCGAUCGCAGCCGUUGCGGCGGCCGCUGCGUAGCCUGGGACUUGUCCAAGAAGGCCGGUGGCCUUUUCGUGGAGACGGAGUUUUGGCAUGGAUACAGGUUCCGACGCUCCCGAGACGUCGACAUGUCGAUCCUCGGGGAGCACUCUCGCCGUUGUCCUUUGGCCGGACGGCGCAACAUGCAGGAGGGCACUGCUGCCAUCCAUUGCAACGCGCUUGCGGUGCCAAAGGAGACGCGGAAGCGGCUGGAGGUGGCGCUGAAGGUCCUGGCCUUCCUGGAGCAAGAGUUGAUGAAAGGGAGCAGAGGCUAUUCAAGAAUGGCACUGUCCAUGGACAUGGUUGUGGGUAUCCUCGACGAGGCCACCACAGACUGGCGAAGCUGCGACGCAGAGCACUCGGUGGACCCCUUGCGCGUGUCGCAACCGAAGGUGAUCCAGUGCUCUCGAAGCGCACCCAUGCAGGCGUUCUGUCGAGAGUUGCCGUGUGCAGCUCGCAGCGCCAAGCACUUGUUCGAAGUGCUGACCACGGCUGCAGUGCUCCAAUCAGUGGUCGUGAGGAAGAGCAGAGCUGUGCCUAAUCUCAGGGAGUCGCAGCGAGCCAGUUUCUGCUUUUCUGAAGAAUGUUGCAUAUUACAUCCAUAG